AUGGAAAAAACAAGUGAAGAUGAAGCUGAAGAUAGCAGUGCAGCAGAAGAAGAUAACAUCGCAGCUACAAGUGAACACGAAUCUGACAAAGAUGCAGUGGUGGAAGAAGAGAUUCCGGCUGUCACAAGUGAAGAUGAAAUGAAGGAAGAAGCUGGUGAAGUCAUCACAGUGGAAGAGGAAAAUGCAGCAGAGGAUGUGGCAGACACAACUGAACAUGAAUCUGACAAAGAGGAGGCUGUAGAAGCAGGGACAACUGAAGACCCAGAGGAAACUGCUGCUAGCAGUGAAGAUGAUUCUGCAGAAGAAACAACUGAAGAUGAGGCUGCUAUUGAAAAAGAGGCUGUUAAUACAGAUGAGGAUGACAAGGAAGAGACAAUUGAUGUAGCCACAGAAAAAGAACUUUCGAGUGAAGAGGACGUCACUAAAGCGGAUAAUGAAUCAAAUGAGGAGGAGAUGGAAGAAACCACAGAUGGAGAAGAACUUGUGGAAAAGCAUAAUAAUGUAGAAACAGAUCCUGAAUGUGCAAGGGAAGAAAGCUUCAAAGCUGAGAAUGAGUCAGAGGAGGAGAACAAUGAAUCAGCCACAGAUGCAAAUGAGACAGCUGGAGAAGAGGACACCUCAGAAGUUACACAUGAUAAUGAAUCAGGAGAAGGACAUUCAGAAGCCAAGCCUGAAAAUGAGACUGUAGAUGAAACUACAGGUGAAGAUGAGACUGCAGAAGAGGAUAAAUUGGCAACAGAUGAAAAUGAGACAUUAAGUGAUGCAGAACAUGUUGAGGUGGCAUCAGCUGAAGAGCUUCAUGAGACAGAACCAAUUGAGAAAAAUGUAGAAAGCAGUACAGCUGAAGACUAUGUUAAAGAAGAGGAACAAGGUGAAGAAGAAGAUAAAUCUCAUGACGAGGGACUAGCAGAAGCAACUGGAGAGGAAUCUGAGGAUGCUGAAAAUGAAGAAGAAUCUGCUGAAAAUGAAAGUGGAAAGGAGUCUGUAGCGACUGGUGAAGAUUGCACAGAGGUUGCAACAACAGGAGAUGAGGCUGAAGAGCAUGACGCAACAGAGGAAGAGUCGGGAGAAAAUGAGGUGGCAGGGAAUGAGAUCACUGACAUUUCUGGAGGAGAAGAUGAAGAGGUUAUAGAGAAUGCUGACACUGAGUCUGAGACUAUUCCUGACAAAGCUGAACAAAUAUGCAAGGAAACUGACAUGACUGAAGAGCAUCAAGAAGAUGCUUUGACUGAGUCAAAUAAUGAAACAGAAGGCCCUGAUGAUGUGGUGGAGCUGAAGGCAGAUGAAGAUGUGGAGAAAAUAUCAGAAAACAAUGAAGAAAACACAGAAAAGAAGCCAGUGGAAGAUGAAGAUAAUGACGGAAGCCAUGCUAAUGAUGAGCACAAUGUUGAAGCCUCCGAAGAAGAGGAGGAGGAAACUGAGACACCCAGUGAAGACUGGAGUAGAAACCAGGGAGAUUCAGCCGAUGGAGAGGAUGAGGCAGAGGAAGAUUCAGAGGAACCAGGAGAGGAGACUGACGAUGGAGAAGAUUUUGCUCCAACCAAGACAGAUAAUCAAGAGGCAGCUAACAGAGCAGCUGAGGAAACAACAUUAAUCCCACUUGAUACUUUGAGCAAAGUGAACACAGAAACUGAGGACGGCGCUUAUGCUGAUGUUGAAGAUUCUGAGACUGAAAUGAACAGCCAAGAGGAAGUCACAAGCCUUGAGCCAAAGAGUUUGAAAAAAAUUUCAUCAUAA